AGAUAAGCCUUAUAGUCACAAAGGUGGAGACUAAAGUCAGUCCUCUCUCCUCAGGCCAUAUAAUCACUGCUUUAUGCGGACAAGUACAAGUCGGUACAAAAGCCCUGCUAUUCCUACCUUAUUUCAUUAGGAUCGAUCGGACAAUUGAACAGGGCAAUGGAGAAGAAAUAUCCACACUUUACUUUGAGGACCUUGUUGAGCUUUCUGCUUGUGUUUUUGCUUCACAGAUCAACUGAAGCGCAACAGAUAUGCUCCAUGCCUGGGGCAACGCCUCCCACUAUUAGAGAGAACAACGUUGUUGGUGCUGUUGUGACCACAAUCACCACAGAGGAAGGAGUGACCCUAACUAUUGUCAGUAAUCCUGCAGACUCUUUUGGUCUGAAUGGCAAUGAUCUUACAGCGAUAAAAGUUUUGGACUAUGAGACUAAAACAUCUUUCACCAUUGACCUUCUUUGUAAAAAAGGUGACCAAUUUCUCACUCUAAUAGUAGUGGUACUUAUUGAGAAUGUGAAUGACAACCCGCCAGUAUUUGCAGAAAGCCAGUACACUCUCAAUGUCGAUGAGUUGUCACCUGUAGGCAAAAGUGUCGGUGCAUUUGAAGCAACAGAUGCAGAUAAGGAUCGACUCUAUUACAGCCUAGUGCCAGAUACAGAGGGUUUUAAACUGCAAGAAAACAGCCCAAAUAUACUAGUGCAACGUGUUCUUGACUAUGACGCAGUGACAAGUGUGACACUUAUAUUAUCUGCUCAGGAUACCCCCACAUCCACACCACCUUCAUUCACUGCCACAGCCACUAUCCAUGUCAUCAUCAUGGACAUUGACAACCGUCCACCAUGGUUUCAGCCCUGCACAGAAACCAUAGUUGACAUGUCCAAAAUCUGCCUCAGCUCUGGAUAUACAGGAACAGUCAACUUAACAGAGCAAGAGGUUGGUGCAUUGCCAUUGCUGCCAGGUCCGGUGCAUGCCAUUGAUGGUGACAAAGGCUUAAAUGUGCCGAUAAUGUACACAUUUCCAACCGGGUCUGAAUCUGACAUUUUCCAGAUCAAUCAGAUCACUGGGGACAUCACCAUGUUGAAGGCGGCAGAUAUAGCGGGUCCACUGACCUUAACAGUUUUGGCUUUACAGACAUCCAACGGUGACCAGUUCGCGACCACAACGGUCACUAUCGUUGUUGUGAAAAAGAGUGUGAACCCACCGCAGUUUGAGAAGAUGGAGUAUGAGGGCUUCAUCUCUGCAGACGCGGGCGUAGACAGCAUGGUUCUGGAGAGCAAAGCCUCCAACAGGCCACUCAAGGUCCAGGCCAAGGACACAGACUAUGCUGAUGGCAUCAACCCUGAUGUGAGAUAUGAGGUUCAGGGAAGCACUGAAUUCUCCAUUACCCCGCAAGGCUUCAUCCUCAUGACUAAAAACGUUAUGCCAGGCACUGUUUCCAUGAAUUUGCAUGCCAUCGACUCAUCCAAUGCAGAAUCAACUACAGCAUCUCUCAAGGUGGAGGUCAUGCCAGGGAUUACAACCAUGGCCCCAACCACCACUGACAUGGCCACCACUGUUAUGGCCACCACUGACAUGGCCACCACUGACAUGGCCACCACUGUUAUGGCCACCACUGACAUGGCCACCACUGACAUGGCUACUGCCACCCAUGCCGCCAUCAACUCCACAACAGAAGGGGUUCUUGGGGCCCCAGGUGGAUAUGGUCCUGGGGACAUGGCUGCCCUGGGUGCAAGCCUGGCUGUGUUACUGGUGAUCUCUAUGGUCGUCAUCGGCCUGCUCGUCUUCCGCAUCCAGAAGGGCAAGACAGAUUGGAGGAAGCUGUCAGAGGCCAACAUCUUCCGUAGCUCUCUUGGGAAAGGUCCCGGCGAACUCAAGAAUGGGGUGCAGUACACCAACGAGGGCUUCCAGAAUGACGGAGACACUAGCAGUGUGGGAUCCAAAGGCCCAGAGGAGAUGGAUGGGAAGCGGUCCAUCGGGAAUGGAGUGACCUCCAGAGCUGUGGAGGAGACUGUCAUGAAGGUCUCGGCUCCCCUGUACUCCAACCUUCUGCUUGACACCAGCAGCCUGGCAGGGUCUGAUAAGGCCGACAGCGAGAAGGAGGUGAAGCCCAUUCUGACCAAGGAGAGGCGUGUGGAGGAGGGCUACAAGUCAGUCUGGUUCAAAGAGGACAUCGACCCCAAUGCCAAGGAGGAAGUGGUCAUCAUACCUGACAAUGGGGAGCGGGAAGGUGACGACGAUGAUGAUGAUGAUGAUGAGGAAGAGGAGGGGUUUAGAGAGGAGGAAGAAGAAUAUGACAACUCGUCACCAAAGACCCCAAAGGUGUUGUUCUCUGAUGCUGAUAUGGAUGAUGGCCGUGGAGUGAAGUUUGAGGCUUCUGAGAAAGAAAAGAUCCAGACGUCUGACCUGUGAGGAGUAGAGGGGUAGGCCUGCGCUGGAUUUAGCUUGCCUUGUCUGUUUGGGUGGGUGAGCUUGUCUUUUUUCGUUCAGUUGUGCCGGGUAAGCUAAAUAUUGCGCAAUUGGGGCCCCAUCUAUGAUUGUUGUGUAAAUUCCACACUAAAUAUCUGUGUGCGCCAUUUCUGAAAAUAAUACGUACGUCUAAACAUAUUGAGAUUUCUAAACUUGGCACAUGCCCUACAAACACAUUUUUAUCAUUAUAAUUCAGACCUGUCGUUAAACUGUGCACACAUGGACUAGCAUUCUAACUCUGUCAGAAAAAGUCCUUUCAUUCACCUUUUAUAGUGACAAUAACGCCCUUUAUUUGUUGUAUAAUUUGGAACUAUUGGAAUUAGGCCACGUAGGUUUCUGAAAGAAAGAGUAAUGGCAAAUUUGAUUACAUUUUGUAGAGGUGUGUGCAGAGUGUUUUAGUUUUUUACAGUGACUUUUUCAAACUCAACAUUCAUGCUGCCUAUAGUGAGUGCCAAGCACUUUAUUGAUUGUAUAUUCAAAACAAUUUUACUUUGACAGUAUGGGUAUAGGCUACAGUAUUGCUGUGCAAUAGGAGCGUGACAUCAUAGCCUGUUUAAGCCUAUACCAAGACAGGAGAUAGAAACACAAUCAUCGAUUGGUACACUAAAUAUUGAACAACAAUUUGUCUUUUGUGUAAAACUGUGGGCUGUAGCAUUUUACUUAAAACUACUGGUCUAUUUACUGUGUUGGCAGACUGUUUUAAUCUUUUGCAGUAACAUUCUGUAUUUAGCAAAGGACUGUGACAAUUUCUGAACGAGAAAUGAUGGUAAAUUGUUGUGGACCUGUCAGCAGAAUGUCUGACCUCUCCAAUGUUUUACGUUGACUCUCCCCUCAACCUAAUAUGCUGGACUGCCCGGGAAGGUGCAAUGGUUAUGAAAAUAAAAUAAAUAGGAAUAGAUUCCUAUGUCUAAUCAUUCAACAACAAAAUGAACAGAAUUAAAAAAUUAACAUCUU